GGUAUUCAAGCAUAAUAAUAUAUUCAACGCCAUUUGCCAGUCAGUAGUGAAUUAACAGUCCGAGUCCGCGCACGCGUCAAAAUGACACAAGAUAACCUCACCGCCGUCUUAUACAAGCCCAAAGAUUUAAGAUUGGAACAAACACCGAUACCUGAAAUCGACGACGAUGAGGUACUACUUCGCAUGGACUGUGUUGGCAUCUGCGGCUCGGACGUGCACUACUGGCAGACUGGGGCAUGCGGGGCAUUUGUAAUGCACGAACCCAUGAUCAUGGGACAUGAAGCUUCAGGAGUUGUGGCAAAGAUUGGGUCUAAAGUAAAGAACCUUGCGGUGGGUGACCGCGUGGCGAUCGAGCCAGGCGUACCGUGCCGCUACUGCGAGUUCUGCAAGUCGGGCCGCUACCACCUCUGCCCCGACAUGCGCUUCUGCGCCACCCCGCCAAUACACGGCAACCUCGCCAGAUAUUACAAGCACGCCGCUGACUUCUGCUACAAACUACCCCCCCACGUGUCGAUGGAAGAGGGUGCACUACUGGAACCUCUAUCUGUGGGUAUCCACGCAUGCCGGCGCGGUGGUGUGGCGGCCGGACAAAGCGUGUUGGUGCUGGGCGCCGGACCCAUUGGACUGGUCACCAUGUUGGCCGCGCGCGCCAUGGGCGCCAGCAAGAUUCUUAUCACUGAUAUCCUACAGUCCCGACUGGACUUCGCGAAGCAGUUGGGUGCGGACCACACGAUCCUGGUGACGAGAGAUGCCAGCGAGGAGCAGCUGGUGCAGGAGGUGCGCCGCCUGCUGGGUGACAGCCCCGACGUCUCCAUUGACGCGAGCGGCGCGCAGGCCACCGUGCGCCUCGCACUACUGGCGACCAAGUCUGGCGGCGUGGCGGUGCUGGUAGGUAUGGGCAGCCCCGAGCUGACGGUGCCGCUGGCCGGCUCUGUGGCGCGAGAGGUCGACAUACGCGGCAUCUUCAGAUAUGUCAACGAGUAUCCCAUAGCACUUUCUAUGGUGGCUAGCGGACAAAUCAACGUGAAACCACUAGUCACACAUCAUUAUAGCUUGGAAGAGACCUUGGAGGCUUACGAGGUGGCCCGCAAGGGUCUGGGCAUCAAGGUCAUGAUCCACGUCCAGCCCCGCGACACCAACAACCCACAGUCAUAACAAAUAACUAUCUCUACAUAGCAGUUUUUGAAAUAACGCUAUUGCUUUUAGUUGUAUAACACGUGACAUAGCGGCCAUUUUGGAAUCUUGUAAAAUUUUUGACAUAUGACACGAUUGAUUGAAAAAAAUAAUUUAUUUUCAGCAUAUAA